GUCGGCUAAGAAACAGACGACACAAACUUUUGUUCAUUAUUGGCCCCAAAGAGGACAAGCGGAAACAUCUCAACGGGAUCCCCUUCAAGGUAGCAUGAUGUCAGACGCUGACUUCAAGAAACUUGAGCUUUUCCGCAGUAUUCUGAACGACUGUCCAUCAUGUAACAACUCCCACCUGUUUUUACACAACACCAGCUGGGACCGCGGACAUGAGAUCCGAGAUGGAUCCCCCUGGUUAAGAAUCAUCAUCUCUGUUGUUACUUUAUUUGUUGCCACGGCAGGAGUAUUGGGCAACAUGUUGGUAAUGUGUCUUAUGUAUUCUACUCACACCAUCACAACAGGAACCCAUCAAUUUCUUGUGUUCAAUGUAGCUUUGGCUCACUUCUUGUUCUCUCUUGCUUUGCCAUUUUGGGCAGUGGAUGCAUUAGACUACAGCUGGCCUUUUAACUUAGCCACAUGCAAAGGGUCCCUUCUAACUGGACUCAAUGUCUUUGCAAGCUGCUUUUUCCUCACAGCUAUGAGUCUAACCGCCUACUGCGCCGUGGCUACAGCUCUCAAUCCUAGACCCUCUAGAUGCAGCAGAUACUGCACCUCUCCAGUGGCUCCAGCGUUUAUCUGGACUGGGGCACUUGUAGCAGCUACACCAAGAGCUGUAUUUGCAGAUGUGAACGUGGGGAGUGGAAAUGACACAGCAUGUGCUCGCUUCCCAGAUGGCACAGCCUGGCUUGGGAUAAACCAGCUCCUGAGAAUAGUGCUAGGAUUUCUGCUCCCCUACACCACCAUUAUCCUCUAUCUGCUUCUUCUACGCUUCCUUUGCAGGCAUAAACUGAAAGGUAAUUCUAGGAGGAAAAGUGAUAUUUCAAAGUCUGUAGCAGUAGUGGUGCUUUUCUGUGCCUGCUGGUUCCCCUACAACAUCCUGACACUGUGGAGCGCCCUCAUCCAGCUCGACAUUGUUGAUAUCAGCUCCUCGUUUUACUUGGCGCAGACCUACUUUUUUCCUCUUGCAAACUGCCUGGCAUUCACCAGCAGCUGUUUCAACCCUGUCAUCUACUGCCUGGUGAGAAAAGAGUACCGUGUGGCUCUCCGCAAUGUGCUCUUCAAGCUUAGUAUGGCGAUUAUGGCCAAGAUACCCUAUGGUAUUAAUAGAGGAUCAGGACAAGCAGGGCAGUUGGCUAUUCAGCUGAACGAUGUUCACAGCCAGACUGAUGGAAAGAGAUAUGCACCACUGUCUGCACUACCAACAGAUGUGUCAAUUCUGUAAUGCAACAAAAAGAUGACCAAGUUCUUUAGAGAUGUAUUUCAGCUUAAUGUCUAAGGAUAUAUAGUAUGUCAAUUCAAGAUCUGCUGUAAAUGAGCUAUACAGAAGCUUUUGUGAAUCUUAUGAUUUGAGUUUUUUGCUGUAUUAGUGUGAUGCAAACCAAACAUUAUUAUUGUAUUAUUAAAACUAGACUACUGUAUAAAUCAAAUGUUCAUGUUAUCGACUGCAGUUGAAAACAAUUGAUAUUACUGCACUGUUGUUCGGGUUUGUGGUUGACUUGUCCAAGUGUGAACCCCUGUUUUCUCAUUUAGUUUGAACAUUUGGAAAA